GAUUUGUUUGGAUUUCAAAUGGCUAAAGUGCGAAAGCCGGCCAUUUUUUGGAUAAACAAACACGAAAAUCUAUUAUUUACGCUAUGGAACCAGAAUAUAUGUGCACUGAAAAACAGUCGAACACGCUAUCACAUCUAUCAGGCGAUUGCCGAGAAACUAAUCGAAGCUGGCCAACAACUCGAGUGGAAAGAUGUGAGAACCAAACUUGAUAAUCUCACCCGAAAAUACAAGGAAGAACUGAGACAUUUUCGCACCACUGGCUGCAAAUCAAAUUGGCGGCAUUUUGACAAAAUCCAACAAAUUCUGGGCGACGUUAACGUGGCCAACGAACUGCUGCCGAGUGAUGAUAAUGAAACGAUAAGCAAAGAGGAACCAUUUGACUACGAGGACUUAGCCUUCGACACCACCAACGCCUAUUCGGAUGCCUCAAAUUCAUCGCUGCUCAUCCAGGAGCGAGAUCAGCGACAUUUCGUGGACAUCAGCACGCUGGCAGAACCAACAUUAAACACAGAGCGCAGACCAGCGACCAAGAAGCGUAAAGCAUCCCUCAACAGCAGCAGCAACAGCGAUCAAUUGACUCCCUUCGAGAAGGCAAUGCUGGAGAUCGAAAGGGAUCGCUCCGAGCGCUUGGAGCGGAUUGCGCAACAGCGUCUGAAGAUUAUGCGUCGCAUGGCGGCCGAGAAUUCAGAUUUUCAUAGUAAAAUCAUUGCACUCAUGAAGAGCAAAAAGUAAUGCUUAAAAAUAAGUAAUUUUAUAUUGGAGAAGAAGACCAAGAACUAAACUAUAAUAAUAAGUAAUAUUAUGUCGUAGAUUAAAU